AAAAUUAUGAUUAGUUCAAUACAAAUUAUUGCUCAGCCGAUUUUGUUUAAAAUUCAAUUAAAGCUUAAUUUUUCGUUCUUCCCAAUUUAACUUGAAAAAGGAAAUUUAGUUUUUUAAGAAAAAAAAACUUUACCAAGCCUUUGCCCACUCCACUUCUACUUAACCCUAGAAAACUCCAAUUCCAAUAAUAAUUAACCCCGCAAUCCUCAUCGAACUUUCCAGAACCUCAACCAAACACCUAGAAGAACCCUCUAGUCUCCACCAUCACCACCCAAACCCUCUUUUAUAAAAUCCCAAAAUCUCCUUUCUUCCUUCCACUUUUACCCUUCCAGAGAAUUCCUUCCCGUAAAACUCAACAACAACAGCAACUAUGGCCGAUGAAGCUAAGGCCAAAGGCAACGCCGCUUUCUCCGCCGGCAAUUUCACCGAAGCUAUAACUCACUUCUCCGAAGCCAUUAGUCUUGCUCCGUCGAAUCACGUGCUUUAUUCUAACCGAUCUGCGGCUUACGCUUCACUAGGAAAAUAUCAGGAGGCGUUAGCUGAUGCACAGAAAACUGUUGACCUGAAGCACGAUUGGGGUAAAGGUUAUUCGCGUUUAGGAGCUGCGUAUUCGGGUCUUCAUCAGUACAGCGACGCCGUUUCGGCGUAUAAAAAGGGUUUGGAAAUUGAUCCGAGUAACGAGGGGUUGAAAUCGGGUUUAGCUGAUGCUCAAUCAGCUCAGGCUCAAGCGCAGGCCAGAUCGAGAGGCUCAUCGGGACCGGCGAGCCCGUUUGGUGAUGCGUUUUCCGGUCCGGAGAUGUGGACGAAGUUGACAGCGGAUGCGACUACACGGGGUUUUUUGCAGCAGCCGGAUUUUGUUAACAUGAUGAAAGAUAUUCAGAAGAAUCCGAAUAAUCUGAACCUUUAUUUGAAGGACCAAAGAGUAAUGCAAGCACUUGGAGUUUUAUUAGGUGUGAAAUUGUCAACGAGGAUGCCGGAAGAGGAUGAUGAGAUGCCGGAAGCUUCGACGGAGAGGAAGAGACCCGCGGAGGCGGAGGUUGUGAAGGAGGAGAAGCGUCCCGAGCCUGCACCCGAGCCCGAUCCGAUGGAAGUGAGUGAGGAGAAGGAGGCUAAAGAGAGGAAAGCGAAUGCUCAAAAGGAGAAGGAAGCGGGUAAUGCGGCUUAUAAGAAGAAGGAUUUUGAGAAUGCUAUUCAGCAUUACACUAAGGCUAUUGAGCUCGAUGAUGGGGAUAUUUCUUUCAUUACUAAUCGCGCUGCGGUCUACUUGGAGAUGGGAAAGUAUGAGGAUUGUAUCAAAGAUUGUGACACAGCUGUUGAAAGGGGAAGAGAGCUAAGGUCAGACUAUAAGAUGAUUGCAAGGGCUCUUACUCGAAAGGGAACUGCCUUGGCAAAAUUGGCUAAAACUUCAAAGGAUUUUGAAGUUGCGAUUGAGGCUUUCCAGAAAGCUCUGACUGAGCAUCGCAACCCAGAUACCCUGAAGAAACUGAAUGAUGCUGAGAAGGCGAAAAAAGAAUUAGAGCAGCAAGAGUAUUUCAGUCCAGAAAUAGCGGACGAAGAGCGUGAGAAAGGAAAUCAGUUCUUCAAGGAGAUGAAGUAUCCCGAGGCAGUUAAACAUUACACUGAAUCUAUAAAGAGGAAUCCCAAAGACCCAAGGGCAUACAGCAACCGGGCUGCCUGCUACACCAAGUUAGCUGCAUUACCUGAGGGGCUCAAGGAUGCUGAGAAGUGCAUUGAGCUUGAUCCAACAUUUGUAAAGGGCUACACCAGAAAGGGUGCCGUUCAGUUUUUCAUGAAAGAGUAUGAAAAAGCUUUGAAAACUUACCAGGAAGGGUUGAAGCAUGAUCCUCAGAAUCCGGAACUCCUAGAUGGUGUUAAGAGAUGUGUUGAGCAAAUAAACAAGGCAAACCGUGGAGAUCUAACUCCAGAGGAGCUCAAAGAGAGACAGGCCAAGGGGAUGCAGGAUCCAGAAAUUCAGAACAUCCUUACAGACCCAGUAAUGAGACAGGUGCUAUCCGACUUCCAGGAGAACCCAAAAGCUGCACAAGAUCAUAUGAAGAACCCUCUUGUGAUGGACAAGAUCCAGAAGUUGAUUAAUGCAGGAAUUGUCCAAGUUAGAUAAGUAGUACUAAUAUUUACAAUUCACGGGGGAAAGAAGCAGUGACUAUCCAUUUAUUUUCCUCAUCCUAUUUUCAUUCAUAGUUGAUUGUUCAUGUGAACUUUUAUUCUCUUUCGUUGUGUAAUGUCGCACAAUCUCCUGGUUUCCCAGUUUUCUUGCUCUUUUCUUUUUCUGUGCAACUUUUAAAAUUUUGUAUCGUGUCUAUUUGAGGGUGCGAAAGGAAGGAUUGUUGGCA